AUGACAUACAACUCACAAGACUUCCAAGACGAGGUCUUCUCGUUCUCGCUCACCAGCGAUGCUCCAGCACUCCAACACAGCCCCAGCUCCUACAACUCGAACACAGAUUUGGUCGCAGCAGACGAGGACUUCCUGAUACAAUCGCCCGGAUUCGGGGCCAUGGCCAGCAGCGACGACGACGACGAGCUGUUUGCCCUUGAUACCGAGCUCUCCAUGCUGCCUAGAUCCUACAACUGUCUGCCCUUCGACGAUGCCAAGACCGUGGUACCGGACUCGCUGCCGAUUCCCGACCAGUUUGCCAACGCUGCCCAGGAUAACUACAGAUUGUGGCUAGCAGGCGUGUAG